AUGUCUAAAAAAGGUUUGAUGGAGCAGGACUUAAGCAAGCUGGAUGUGACAAAACUACAUCCACUCUCGCCUAAGGUUAUAGGAGAUUCUUAUAGUUUGGGAGUAGUGCUGCUUGAGUUAGCUACUGGGCAGAAACCUCUUGGUGUGAGUACUGCAGAUGAAGGAUUUAAGGGUAAUUUAGUCGACUGGGUAAUUAUGCUCUCUACUUUUGGUCGAAUUAAAGAUGGUAUCGAUAAGCGCCUAUACGGAAAGGGGCAUGAUGAGGAAAUUGUAAGAGCAUGGCUGAGGAACAAGGUUUCUCCUAUCAUUACAAUGAAUUUCCCUUACGAUUUGGGAAACAAGAGACCAUUAGUUGAACAAGGUUUCUCCUAUCAUUACAAUGAAUUUCCCUUACUAUUGGGGAAACAAGAGACCAUUAGUCCCGUUUUGGGAAAAUGA